AUGGCAAUACCAAGAGUGAGAGGAAAAGGAUUGGGGCUCUUGGCAACCAUGAAACUCCUCCUCCUCCUCACCUGCCUCGUGGCUGCUGCUCUUGCUAUGCCUGAAAUUGUUAAACAACCAAAGUAUCUCAGCCUAAAUGAGCAGAGAGCACUUCUGACAGAAGAGAGUAAUGAAAUCAAGGAACAAGCAAUGGCAAGUGCUCAGGAAGACUCCUCAAGCAGCUCAUCAAGUGAGGUAAAGAUUUCAUUCUCACUCCAAGAUCCAGUUACUGGGGAGACAUCUGUGAACACCUGUAGUACGAUAUGUAACUACAUCGAAUCUGAGGACGCUAUUCCCAGUACCUCUGAGCAGAAAAACAUUGUAAAUGAAGACAUAAUCAACCAGUGCACCCUGGAACAGCUUCAGAGACAGAUCAAGUACAACCAACUUCUCCAGGAAGCUCUCCUGGCCCAGAGACAUCCCAUGAGUGUAGUGGAUCAGCCUCUCCCACAAUUCUUCCAGUAUGAUUCUUAUCCCCUUUGGACUUACGUCCCACAAGACAUGCACUACCUUACUCCUGAAGCUGUUCUUACCACCUUCCAGCCCUUUGUCCCCAAAGUUGCAGAAAAAACCAAUGAAUGGUGGUAA